AUGGAUGACUCUGCUAACGAUCAUAUAUGUGGUUCCCAUGGGCGGGACACUUCAUUAUUAAACGUUGUCUUGGAUGAGCUCCCUCAAGAAAUGUGCAAAUCGAAUGACUUCACUCUGAAACCUCUUGCUAUACCCGCCUCACCGUCAUCUACGACACCCCAAGUUCCCAAGUCUCCGUGUUGUGCCUCCUCACGGGAAGCCGGAAAUUCUUGUUCUCAGUUUCACGACCUUUCAUACGUUCCUCACGUAUGCAGCACUCUAAAUAUGGCUCUAAAUUUGGAGGAUAGCUUGCGCCUUAUUCAUGGAAUCGCAUGCAGUAAACUGGACAUGCAUCUGCGGCAGAUGACAUCAGUUGACGUCACUAAUGCCUCCUCUUCAUAUGCUCUAAGUUUGUGCUGUUCACGGACGGGCGUUUCAUGCUUGUGUGCAGUUGGUCCGUGCUCUUGCAGUUCAGCUCUUCCUUCAUCUUCGCCUCAACAACUGACGGCGUCGGCUUCAUGUCAGACCGAUGACUUGACUGAUACACAUGCACUUGAAGCACUUUCACCAUCAAGCCUCUUUUCUUUAUCUGAAAAGCAGUCGGUAGACCUUGAUAAGGCUACAAUUUCUCAGGAUCUCAGUUUCCUUAACAGUCUUAUCCAACCAUCGAGUUCUGCCUCCUCGACCAAUGACUUGUCAAUCCAACCUGCUCCUCAAACCCUUGUCGAUCCUCCUCCGGUGGGCAAGAAUAUUUGUCCCUCAAAAAUGUUGCCUUUUAGUUGUUCUUUCUGUGGCCGUAUUUAUCGCCAGAAGGUUCACCUGCGUAAGCACGUAAUGGCUCAGCACACUAAACAGAAACCCUUUUUCUGUCCCCACUGUGCUUACACCACUGUGGAGAAGAGUCAUCUCACUGUGCACAUACGAACACAUACGGGAGAGAGGCCCUAUAUCUGUCGAGUGUGUCAUUACUCCUCCUCACAAAACUGCACUCUGAAGUCGCAUUACCUGCGAAAGCAUCCAGAGAGUAAGAUUAACUGUGUGACCUGUGGUGGAACCUAUGUCACGGAGCUGGAGUAUCAGAAUCAUUUGAAAAAUUGUGUUUCCACAUUCGACCGAACUUUAUGA